CCGUUAGUUUUUAUUUCCACAUUGAUUUAAGUACUUAAUAUUGUAAUGAAUUAGCUUGGCAGGAAUAGUGAAACAAAAUUAAAUGUUAACACAAAAAUGUAACGAAUAAAGUUAAAUGUGAGUUCAUGAGGUACUAGUAAAUGGAAUUAAAUAAUAUCGUAUGCACGAAAUAAAAAAUUCGGAAGCAUUUUCUUGCAUAAUAUACUUUGUGCAAAUAGAUUCUUAAAUGUUUGGAUACUGUAUAAUUGGGAUUGCGAUAGCGGAUACUGGUGUAAUUGCUUCAAUUAAAGAUGACGUCAACAGACCAACAAUUAGCCAAUCGUGAAGUAGCAUCUGGCGCGUCAAAUACAGCUGAUGGUUUCACUGAUCGCGAGGAUGUUGGCACGCGGAAAUCAGCAGAUAUUCUCUAUGAUGAUACUGAAAAUGGCGGGAGGGGACUUUCUCAAACCCCAAACAACGCAGACACGGACGGAUACACGAAUCAGAUUGGUUCACCUGGGAAUGAUCCGGGUAGACAGAGUGGUGGUAACGUAGGAACGCUUACAGUAUCGACUGCUAUACGACAGUCCCCGGAUGGUCGUGCAGGGACGACAACUCCAUUACCGGAUAUUUCUACAAAGAAAGAGGUGCCACUAGAUGGCGCUGAAUCAAGUGAUGAAGACGAUGGAGGAUGGAGGGGCAAGGGAGGCGGACGAAGUGGUGCCGAACAAUCCCUCACAUCACGUCGGCCACAGAGAGCGAUACUUCAGGGCACGCCCCGCACUAACAGCAGAAAUAUAAAGACACUACCAGAGCCCAUGUCUAAUAACCUCGUUCUGAGAAACGGCAGGAUCCCUGCUGCUAGGCAACAGUCAACGCUUUUCAAGGAAAUAAGAACACCGAGAGGGUCUUCUACCAGAGGUUCAAGAAGACUUCCGGUAAUAUCACGAAAAGGAAAGCCCGGAUCGUCUAAACCUCUUGUGCAGACGACUUUCAAAGCUGAAGAAUUAGUCAAAAAGCCUGGCGCUAAUAUCAAGAAACCAAAGCAAAAGCUCUCAAAGUCUGAAACUAAUUACAUCAGGCUCGCCAAAAUGAUUGUUAAAGUGGGCUCGGACUUGUUAAGGUUGGCGUUUUACAACCAUCUAGAAAAACAGCAGCCGCCUAAGAAACUUCAUCAGUUCCUAGCAGCUAACCGGAGAAGACUGAAAAGUUUUGCAUCAUCAUAUAAACUAAUCACAAGAAGAUGGGAUAUAAUGUAUCCGGACGAUGACGAAACGAAGGCAAAUUUGGAGGAAUUAGACUCAGCCUUGGUGUUCUGGUUCCUUCGUUUUAUAUGCGUUCUCAAGCGCCCGAAUGAUUUCAUAUGGAAACGGAAACCACUCUCAACUGAUCUCAGCGAAACAGCAGAUAUCGCGAGAUUACGAGACUAUCGCAACUUUCUCAUCAACCUGUCGUCGCCGGCGCUUUAUGACGACGAAUAUGACCGCAAAGUUAGAGAAUUAAAAGAGGUCACGCUAAGAAUAUGUGGGGAGCGCCAGGGAGAGGAAAUGGUUGCAAUAAUAGAUGACAUGAAAGUGGGUGUGGUCAGAUAUUCUGAGAGGGAGCAGUACUUGGAUAUGCUUACACAGUGGGCAGAGGAGACCGGGGAUAGUCAGAUAGCCCCUGCAAAACAGUCCGGUGAAUCUUUAAAGCAGAGAAAAGAAAUGACAAGAAGAUUUCUGCAAACUCACAGAAUUCCUUCAAUCUUUGUGAGAACAAAGAUAUAUCUGAAAGCUCAAGAGAAGCUCAUGAAAAAUGGAUUCGUCAUCCUUAAAGGAAAUAUAGGCGAUGGGAAAACGACGACGGCUAUUGGUAUGAUGGUUUCAAACUUUGACGAAGACGAUUGCUUGCUGAUUACAAACCCGGAUCAAUGGCAGUACGUUGAACCAAGGACUGUUAGCGCUUUAUUAUUGGAUGAUAUUUUUGGCAGCGGUGCUUUAGAUGAGAAAUUACUGAGUGAAUGGGAGUCAAUGUUUGACCAGAUCUAUGAGAACUGUAUGGAUACAAACGAACGAACUGGCGUGCGCGUCAUCAUCACAAUACGUCACAACAUCCUGGAUCAAUGUUACUCGAAGCUGAGUAAAUACAAAUUGUUUGCUAAGGAUAAAAUUGUGGACUGCAGUUCUGUUGAACUUUUAAUGACCGAGAAGCGAAACAUUUGCGGCAAACAUUUGAUGGCAGAAGACAAAGUACAAAUGGUGUCAAAGUCAGAGAUAGACAAAGGCGCUAAAAAUCACGAUUCCAAACUCGGUUAUCCUCAGUGCUGUGCUCUUUUCGUGAAAAAGGACACCUUCCUCAUAAUAGGAUCCCAGUUUUUCGAACGACCAAUAGAAUUGCUGUUUGAUCAACUUGACAAGUUAUACGAUGGGGACAAAUAUGGCUAUCUCGCACUGGUCGUUCUGCUGUUCCAGAAAGACGGAAUACUGUUCCAGUCCCAGUUACAAAAUUUUACCGAUGGACCCUUCAAAACAAAGGUUUUAGACCUGGCCUUUCUGAUAAGAGUUCCUAUAUCAGAUCACCUGAAUAAGUUUACUCUUAACGCAUUAGAAAAUCAGGUACGACCGUAUAUAAACUUUUAUAAUGACCGGAAGUGUUACACGUUUUCACACGAGAGCAUCAUGGAAGCUGUCAUGGCCUCGUUUGGAGAGAGACAUCCGCAGGAAGUACUUGAAGGAUGUACCUUACCAUUUUUGAUGGAUUUUGUUGCCACGGAUGAGAACGUUGAGGAACGUCCAGACGAGAUCUUCAUGAUGAGAGUUAAGAAAGAAAACUUCCUAGUGUUAGCAAAGGUUUUUGAGCAUUACAUUACAAGUGGUGAAGUUAAGAAGAUAUCCCAGCAUAGAGUUAUGAAGGAUCUGAGAUUCAUUCAGUUCUUUUUCAAUUAUAUCCAACAAAAAGACGAUUGUGAGAAGUUGAUUUUAAGUGAAGACAGGACUAUGCUGGAGGGAAAAGGCUCUCGCAGACAUGUUGGAUUAUUGUUUGGUGCAAUAGACCAAGAGGUUCCGAAUGUAGAGCUUGUGGCGACCAUAUUAGCAACAGACGUGCAUGCACAGAAACCAAUUAAGAAGAAAUGGUGUGAAGACGAGUUGAAGGCGGCAAUAUGUAUGGCAGUUAAACGUGGAAGUUUUGACAUUUACAAACAGCUUAUCAAGACAGGUAUAGAACCGCCGGAUGAACUGAUGGAGGAGGAAGAGUAUAUAACCUCAGUUGACGUCAUGCGAGAUCUUCUUAAUAGGCGGCAAUGGAGCAAUGAACAGAAGGACAUGGCAUUGGUUCGAGCUAGUAGAGGCAUCCGGACAGAAACUCAGGAGAUUGUAACAUUAUUACUGCAGGACAAUGUGGCUGUAAACUCAAUCAGGGCUGGCACAACACCAUUGUGUGAGGCCGUGAAAGCAGGUAAAUUGAAGACAGUCAUGCUUUUGUUGACAAGUGGUGCGAGCGUUAAUGACAGGGACGCAACACAACAGACGCCCCUUCAUCAUGCCUGUGACUGGAACAAUAUAGAGGUCGUCAAAAUAUUGCUCAAAAGACAAGCUGACGUCAAUGCUAAAGACACGUUAGGUUUCACACCACUACUCAUUGCAGCGGGCUGGGGAAGGGAGACAAUUAUUGAUUUACUGCUGGCAAAGAAGGUGGAUCCGCUAGCCAUGGACGAUCAAGAAAAUAACGUUCUUCACAUAUGUGCAGCAAAUGGAAAAGCAAACAUCAUAAGUAAACUUUUAACAGCGUUUCCGAAGGAGAUGCAUUCUAUUCUUAUAGCACGGAACAGACAUGGCUGGACCCCUCUAGAUUUUGCCCUACGAUGUGGUCACCUAAAUGCUACAAAGUUACUUAUCCAAACAGUGUUACAAGUGAAGCCAACCAUCUUGAAAACCCAACAGAGAACCUUCGUUCACACUCGUUUCUUUGUUGUAAAACUUGAUGAUUUUAACGUGGACGAAAAAUAUCAGUACCGGUUUCUGAAAGAAGGAACGGGUAAAACCUGUUUUCAGAUGCCGCGAUGUAACUGGUUCAUUCAAGCCGGAAACCGGGACGAGUAUGAGGAAGUUAGACUAUUUUCAAUGAAAUAUGAAAAUAAACUUAGACAAUACCUUGCUAAGAAUUAAGUAAAUGCUGAGCGUAUGUAGAACAAGCAAGAGGACUGGUGGUGUUGGGUUGAUUGUUCCAAACGUAAAUUUGACCA